CGUGACGUCGCCGCCAGUCGCGCUUGAGCGAUGUGCCGCGCACGACCCCAUCACACUUUUUUCUUUUAAAUGACCAUAUGGACUUUGCGUCGGAAAUCCGCUGCAUUCCUUAUAUUGUUUAGUUUUUACCAUGCUGAAGAACAACGGGAAGAAGACGGCCGUCUGCGUUAGCACCGCGGCGGUUCUCUGCCUGCUGAUGUUGUUGGUCGCCGUGCGGCAUCGCGGAGCUCAAGUGCGCGCGGAGAGCACCGGUCCGGAGGACACUCGGUCGCUACCCGGGGCCGAAGGGGGGGAGGCUUCGGCGCAAGGCGGCGGGCAGAAAGGCUUCUCGGCGUACUUCGGCAAGCUGAGCCGUGGGCGCAGGGCGGCGGAAAAGCCCACUGCGCGUUCCUCUGGCUACGCCGGGGACACCGCACCCCCGCCGGCCGAGGACAUCCGACCCGAUGACUUGUUCAUCGCGGUGAAGACCACCAAGAAGUUCCACCAGUCCAGACUCAACCUGCUUCUGGACACUUGGAUCUCUAGGAGUAAGCAACAGACAUACAUCUUCACAGACGGUGAGGAUGAGGAGCUCAAAAUGAAAAUCGGGAGUCACGCCAUCAACACUAACUGUUCGGCCGCUCACAGCCGACAGGCCCUGUCCUGCAAGAUGGCCGUGGAGUAUGACAAGUUCAUUGAGUUGGGCAAGAAGUGGUUCUGUCACGUUGACGACGACAACUACGUGAACGUUCGAGCUCUGCUCAAGCAGCUUUCUCAGUACCAGCACACCCAGGACGUGUACAUCGGAAAGCCCAGCCUGGACAGGCCCAUAGAGGCCACGGAGAGGCUGGGCGAUAAUAAGAUGAAACCAGUCAACUUCUGGUUCGCUACUGGGGGGGCAGGCUUCUGUGUGAGUCGCGGUUUGGCACUCAAGAUGAGCCCCUGGGCCAGCGGCGGCCAUUUCAUGAACACGGCGGAGAAGAUCCGCCUGCCCGACGAUUGCACCGUGGGCUACAUCAUCGAGUCAGUGUUGGGCGUCUCGCUCAUACGCAGCAACCUGUUCCACUCGCACCUGGAGAACCUGCAACAAGUGUCUAGAUCGGAGAUCCACAAGCAGAUUACUCUCAGCUAUGGGAUGUUUGAAAACAAGAGCAAUAUCAUCAAUUUGAAAGGAGCUUUUCCUGUCGAGGAGGAUCCAUCCAGGUUCAAGUCGGUGCACUGCCUGGUGUACCCUGACACCCCGUGGUGUCCGCCCCAGGUUGCUUUGUAGGGCGACCGCUCCUCUCUCAUCCUCGUCCUGCGUCUUGCCUCGGUAUCUGAAAGGCGGGCAAGGACCAGCGUUUUUCGUCAGUGUCAAGACCGCGUCGCUGCUGGGUUCUUCCAGCGAGCGCUACGGCGGGCUUUUUCGUGUAUGUGGGCUGCUGUGCGGGCCGCCGAUUAUGGGACUACCGCCACUUCUAAGUGGAUUUCAACUUUUUUUUUGUUUUUUUUUUUAAAGUUUGCAGGCAAUCUGUUGAGCUUUGUGUAUUUGUUGCUUGUAAAUGUAUCUUGCAAUUCUCAUAGAAUGUAUUUCCUAUUUCCACGACCUUUUUUGCCAGCUUUACGCCGCCUUUUACUUUAUUAUUAAUUUUUUUUAAUGUGAGCGUUUUAAAAAUGGAAACGCUUCAAAGCAUUUUGAUUCCAGACAAACGCUCUCAUGUGAAGAUUUUGUUGUGCUUUUAUGUAAACAGUGUUAGACUGACCUAUUUUGAAGGUCAUCAGAAUGAAGCACUUUGAACCUCUUCAAAAGAAAAAAAAAAAAAAAAAAA